AUGGUACAGUUCAGACACCGCGUGAGCUCUGCGAUUGGGCGGAUGUCUUCCGACGAUGCUUCCGUCUCUCAACACAAACCUUCCUCAACAAGUUUCGCAGAUGUCUUCAAGAAUUUAGCUGUCGGUCGACCGAAAUCGCAUUCCCCAGUCUCUCUCCAGGAAAGCAGCAGCGACUCCCCAUCUCAUCCCGAUUACCGCGCAACCCACAGACUCAUAUACGGUCUCGACUCAAUGCAUCGCGGUAGUGUGGUCUCGAGCUCUUCGGACAUUCCUAGUGCUCCGGACUUCGAUACGUCUCUGCAAGCUUUGUCGCAAAGACAGAACUUGACUCAGGCCAUCGAAGAGUCGGAACUUCUCGCCAAAACCCUUCAAUGGUUUAGUUCCGAACAGUCCGUCGUACUCUGGGAAGCUGCCGAAUAUCUUCUGCAUCAUGAAAGUUCUCUGGACGCGCAGAAAGCCGGAGCCAGAUUACUGGAGGCAAUCGCAGCCCGCCAAGAUCUCUCUCCGGCCGCAAGGCGCAUGGUCUUCGAAUCAAUCGCUUCCCCUGCCGAACCUGAUGUCGUUGCUUCGCGUGUGCAGUCACUGAUUUCCCUGUCUGACCAUGGCAGGAAAUUAGAUUUCACUGGCUCCUCCAUCUUACAUAUCAUCUCAUCUUGGAUUAUCCCGCUUUACGACACAAUUGCAAACGCACGGUCCAAAUCCAAGAAAACGAAGCCAACAAAACACGGAAUGACAUAUGACGAAGAAAUGCUGGGGGAUCUCUUCCAGUUUGCUGUUGACCUGAUUACAUUACAACGAAAGCAACCAAGCCAGUCGGAAAUCGAGCUGCUUCUCACCGAGACAUUCACCACUUGUCGAAGAACCAGCGUCGCAGCUGACAUUAAAAACUCAUUGGCAGUGUUUGACGCUGUAAUUGUGUACGCGGAUGUGCCCGAUGCAAGCUUUGCUACUCUGCUGGAGGUUCUCUGCAGCAUUCAUGCAUCUGUCAAAUCUCUCUCGGGUCCAACCUCGCGGGCAGUCCGCAGUUUAGCCAAGUCCCGGAGACAGGAGGAGAUGGUGAAUACUCUCCAUGAGUUCCUGAGAGACUCGUGCUCUGCUGAACAGACUCGCAAUCUCAACGUACUCCGUGGCACCCUUUAUGUGUUCUCAGACUUCCUUCGUGCAUAUGGGCAAGAUGGCAUGCCUCACCUUCCAUUCGAUCAACUGAUAGAAUCUUUGCAUGCCAUUGCCCAGAAGGAUGACAGCCGAGUAGAUGCUGACCUCUUGGAUUUGUGUCUGAACAUCCUGGAAGGAGAUUAUAUCCAUAUUGCUUUGGAGCAAGAUUGGAAGGGGUUUUCCGAGCUCCUCAUGAUCUGCUCUCGCAGAAUUGGUGAUGAUUCGGUUGGAUCUCCCAUCCCAUCCACCACUUCGCCGUUGAAAAGCGCCCACGACGAAACCAAAUCUUACAUUUUGGCAAAUCUGAUUCGCAUUUCUACCGUCAUUGAAACACAUUGGGGACAACUCACCAAUGAGCAAAAACAGUGCACGGUCCGAUUCUUUUUGAAAAUCCAUCAACACGUCGAGCCUCCACAAGCCGAACUCAUCAUCAAUUCCAUACGGAAGGACAAGCUCUGUUAUCCUUCUGAAAACCCGGCUUGGGCUCGGCAUUGCCAUGAGCUGAUCGAGUCUUUUGUUCAGCCCCGGAAGCAGAGCUCGGAUAUUCGCAUAUUGGCGUUGGACACGUUGAAGGAAGCGUUGUCUGGUCAUGAAGCAUCACUGUUCGCCCCCGACCACGGCAUUCUAAGUCUCUUGUUGAAAGAUUUCUCUUCUGAACACGACCUCCUCUUUUUGGAAUCGCUAGUUUCGUUAUUGACGGAGCCAGCGACACAGCACGCUGAUGACGAUACUUUCCAAUUGCUUGUCACCACGAUUGCAGCCCCAAUGGAGAAGGAUACUGCCAAAGACGAACCACGGGAAGCUGCCUCGAGUCAUUCAUCAUCGCGUCGAACAUCAACCACAAGUGUUCUGGAGCUUAGUUUGACCAAUGUCUGUUCCGUGGGUCUUGUGAAAAUGAUGCUGCGUGCAUUGAGCUCUUCUUCGGCGAAAGCUCUCAUGGCAUUUGAAGUACUAUUGCAAAUAGCGCAAUCUCCUAACCGACCAACAGACUCUCGUCUCACGGCUUUGAAAUUGCUCUUCCGUCUACGCUGUGACUCAGCCGGAGCAGUCACGGUCGUUUCGACGUCAGAGAGUGACUUUUUGAUGAAUGUUUUGGGUCGGAACUUGGAUGGUGGCUCUAAAUUACAAGCCUCGAGCGAUCCUACUUCCCGUGACCAACCCCAGCAGGAAAACACUGCGGUCUCGCCGACCACAAAGCUGCCGAUGAGAGAGGCUACGCCUAGUGUUAACUCGAAAACAGCCCCGCGGGGCUCCGUCUCUGCUCGCGGGUCCAAGCUCACGGCCCCUGCAUGGACGCAUGCUUUGCCUCAAGUACUUCCUGAGCAGCCUCCUGGGGAAUCCAGCCCUGUACUAUUUGCCCAUGCUCAGCCCGAGGCACCGAGUCCUUCUGAGGUGGCGGAAGACACUGAAUCGACCGAGUCAACGCCGGUUGAAACAAAAGAAACGGGGCUCUUGAGGGUCAAGAUGUGGCUUGAACUCGUGAUCACUCUACUCCAGCGAGAGCCCGACUGGGAUGUGUACAGUUAUGUCCUGACUCACCUUGGACCUCAACUUGGCAACAAAGACUUCUUCAAAGAUGCCAUUCCUCAGGUCACAUUGCUUCGCAGUAUUCUGUGUGAUCAGGUCAAGAACAGCACUUUCCAUGAACCACCUGAGACCACUGGACUCAAAAAGAGCGACGUGGCUGCCUGCAUAUUCGAUGCCCUCUGCAUGCUCGUUAGCUACCACGACCAUUUCGCAAAAAGCGAAGAGGACGACUUGGUUAGAGCGUUCAUGCAGGGCAUCAUCGGUUCGUGGGGAGGUACCUCCCGCGGUUGUAUUCAGGCCCUGUCGCUUUGCUGCCAUGAAAUCCCAAUGUCCGUGACCAAGUCACUGACUAGCAUUCUUGACCGAAUGUCCAAAGUGAUCACCAUGUCAAAUGUUGCCGUACACAUUUUGGAAUUCCUAGCCCUUCUUGCGCGUUUGCCUGAUGUUUACGUCAACCUGCGCGAAGAGGAGAUCAGGACUGUGUUUGGAAUCUGCAUUCGAUUUUUGCAAACCUCUAGAGAGCAACGCUACAGGGCAUCUGAGGCGGCGUUACGGGCGUCUCAGUCUGCUUCUCAAUCAGCCCAGUCUCCUCAAUCAAGACUCAGCGCUGGGUCGAAAGAGAUUGCUGCGCAUGCUGCUGAAGCUAUGGAAUCUUCCCAGGACGGCAUGGCUAAGUACAUUGCCAAUCUCACUUACCAUGUUAUGAUUUUCUGGUUCUUGUCCUUGAAGCUUCAAGACAGACCUAAGCAUGUGAACUGGAUCACGAGCAGGCUCAUUUAUCGUGAUGAGCAUGGUAAAGAGGUGGUCGAGGAGUCAAGUCAGGUUUUGAUUGAUCUGAUGCAGCGAGUGGCGUAUUCAGAUCUUGGAGAGACCGUUCCAUUUGAUAAAUUCCCUCCCUCGCCUGAUGAUGGCCCAGUGUCUAAGAAGUCCUGGGUAGUGGGCAUGAGUAUUGUCUCUGUUGAAAGUGCCGGGUGCUCCGGGUUGUCUCAGAUCACGAAGCGCCAGGCAUCUGGAACCACAUACUCGGUCUAUCAGCAAAGAACCGCCCCAGUUCUCCCGCAUCAAGUUCCUCCGACGCCGGACUCUCACUUACACUCCGACUCCAUGCCAACUGCCAUCCUUCCGAGUCAUAUUAUGCUUCAAUUGAGCGCUACUGCUUUCCCCAGUCCAACAGUCAUGCAACCCAUCCCAGUUCCCGAGGAUGAUAUCACACGUCGUGCUAUUGCUAACUUUGAUCGAACUGACAUCGUCGAUGGACAUCGGAUCGGCCUUGUUUACAUUGGCAAUGGCCAGACAAAGGAGGCGGACAUCCUGGGCAACACGUGUGGCUCCCCCGACUAUGAACACAUGCUGUCUGGCUUGGGAACCGAGGUGUCUCUCCGAAACCCUCAGUUCAACCCACAGGGAUUAUAUGCCGACACAGAUGGAGAAACCACCUAUGCUUGGCGCGAUCGUGUCACAGAGAUUGUCUAUCACGUUGCAACCAUGAUGCCUACGGAUCUUGAGCGUGAUCCGGCUUGUGUCAACAAGAAGCGCAACAUUGGAAACAACCAUGUCACCAUCGUGUUCAACCGCUCGAACCUCCCCUUCAACUUCGACACAUUUCCAUCCGAGUUCAACUCCAUUAAUAUUGUCAUCACUCCAUCAUCUCGGGUUGCGUACAACGAGAGCGGCGAUGCGGAUGGCGAAACUGAUCCGAAAAAGCUAUACUAUAGCGUGCAGGUUAUCAGUAAGCCUGGUUUCCCUGAUGUAUCACCUGCUGCGACCCCAAAGAUCAUUUCUGGCAAGAACCUGGCAGCCUUUGUUCGCAUUCUCGCCUUGAAUGCGUCCGUUUUCUCUCUUGUCUGGAGCAACAAGGGCGGUGAGCAUACAUCAUCUUGGCGAACUCGCUUGCGAGAAAUCAAGAAGGUUCGUGAGCGAGCACUCGCGGCACAGGCUCAAUCCUUCGAGGCAGCCGAAGGCGCCUAUCCUGGCCAGCGACGCAAUACCAAGCCGAACAUCUUCUCGGAGGAAUUACCAUCGCGCGCUCCCAUCGAAAUCGAUUCCGCCUCAGACUGGAACGCAGCUGCCGACACGAACAUCCUCCAAAAUCUGGAUUUCUCUCGCUGGUCGCGUUGA